AUGCCUGAGAUUCCUACCCCGCCAGCGUCAUCCGUGGCGCCUUCUCAGCACGCGUCACCUCUUCCACAACCACGCAAACACCCACUGAAGCCUGGCGGGCCAAGAGAAUCUGACUUGAUACGAUACCUCGACCAUGGCGUCAACAGAAUCCAGAAGCGAGUAGACAAUCGCAUGACGAACCGCAAACUCAAGCCUGUACCGGGCGAGGAGGAGGGAUACAAAGCGUUUUGGGAGGUCGCGAAAGAUCUCGACGGCCUAGUAGAUGUUGUCUGGGUAUCUGGGUCACCCAAUCUCCAAAUUCCCUACCUACUGAACUUCGCCGUCCUCACCGCCGACUUCCUCCCUCUCUUCGGGUCCUCAACGCGUUCUGCCCAGGCUACCUUCCGCCUACUUUCGAAGCUCGACUACGCCUUCUCCUCCCUACUCACUGGCCACGACACUGCGUCUGGCGAAUAUCUGCCUGGCUUUGAGAAUGGCCGCACAAUCACUACAACAGACAAAGUUCGCUUGAAGGGUGUUGUAGAUCGGACUCGGCUCACCGUCACACGAGUCAUGAGCGGGGACAGUGUAGUCGGCGACGAGGAUGACGUUGGUGAGGCCAUAGAUACUGAUACCGAAGGAGAGGGAGAGACAGGUGGACGUCAAGACACCGUGACAUUUGAAGGUUUUGAAGAUAAUGACGACGAUGAGGAAGACGACGAAUGGGAAGAGCGUGGUGUUGCGAGCGUGUAUGAGAAGACAAUAGGCGAGCUAGGUGAUGUCCUAGGCGGCCCACCGAUUGGUAUCAUCACUGAUGAUUGGGGCGUCAAUGGCACUGAACAGCAAGGAAGUGGUGGUGGCUUCGUCGAGUCUGGGGGUGAGAUAGAGCUGUGAGCUCCUACAAAUGCAUUGCAAGGAGAUUGCACUAUUCAAUGCGAUUUCAUUUCGUAGGUAUCCCUUUCUGCUGUUAUACAUCAUCAUGAAGUCUGCUCCCGGUGUUCUCAUUAUGUUUCUCGUCGUUGAGUCGGCCUACCCGAAGAUCGUGGACUCUCUCCUUUUCUCGCCUGAUCUCCAGUGGCGAUGGAGAGCGAGAUGCUCUUUUGUAGAACAUCUGAGGCCGCGGCUGAAUGGGACACCGGAGCACGGGAAUCUUGGCUGCGGUGAGGACGCGUGGAAAGAGCACUGGAGGGCGCCUACCCAAAAUGGAAACCCAUGAUAUAAGUCACGCGACAACAACAGCGCUCGGUCACCACAACGACUACCCCGAACCCCGCCAUAUUCGACGCACUCUAGACGGCAUCAGCGCACUCA